AUGAACAAGAAAAAGUCAUAUCCAAUGGUCUUAAUUACACCAUUAAAACAAAAUAAAAACGUAAAAACAACGUCAGUUAAAAGUCAUAUACCUAUGAUUAUAAACAUUCUUGGAAACCAUGAAUUAAUUCUAUUAGAAAUACAAGGGACUAUUGAACAUGAUAAUAAUAAUGAUACCAAUAAACACAUUGGUAAAAUGUGGUAUGAUUCAGCUAGAGAACGAGUUUAUUUAACAAUUGGAUAUCAUCGUCUUGAAGGAAAAAUUGAAACUCUUAAACGACCUUUUGCAAUUUUGCGUCGUCAAAACGAAAAAAAUAUACAAUCUAAUGAUAAAGAAUCAUAUCAAGAUGAAAUUAUUGAUGUUUUAGAAAUAAUUCAUAAAAGAGUAAUAUUUAACCUUCGACCAGAACCUGUUACCUAA